AUGGACGAUUCGUGGGCGACGACCCGACAGUCUGGUUCCAGCGCUGCGGGCGCUCCCGCAUACCCACCGGCGGCAGAUGGUCAGUUUCACGCUGCAGAAACCGCGACUAUUGAGCCGGAGGCCGACGAGGGGUUUAAUGAUUACGACUCUGUCAUGGACGAUCGAAUAUCGUCGUAUACCCGAUCGAUAUCGUCGAGCGUCGUGGAUUACCCCGUGGAAUACGGACGGCGAUAUCAUGCUUUUCGGCAGGGCGCUUAUUCGUUCCCGAAUGACGAGACCGAAAUGCACCGUCUCGACAUGACGCAUACUCUAAUGUUCAAAUCCAUCGGUUAUAAGCUAUACCUCGCCCCGAUCCAACCAGAGAACGUUCAAAGAAUACUUGAUGUUGGAACAGGAACCGGUUUAUGGUCGAUAGAAAUGGGCGAUCUCUUCCCCAACGCAGAAGUCGUCGGAAACGAUCUCAGCGCCAUCCAACCGGACUGGUAUGACCAAAUCCACCGGGCGUUACCCUGGUCAGUCGACGACGUGGAGAGCGAAUGGAUCGAUCCGAAAAAGUACGAUUACAUCUUCGUUCGGUACAUGCUGGUAGCCAUAGCGGACUGGCCAAAGUUGGUUGCGAACAUUUUUGACCACCUAAACCCCGGCGGGUGGGUAGAGUUCCAAGACAUGGACGGCAAAUACUACUCCGACGACGGCACCUACACCGAAGAACACGCCAUGUACCAGUGGAACAAGAAAUUCAUCGAAGCCUGCGAAGCAAUGGGCCGGACGGCCCGCCCCGGUCCGCAGCUGGAAGGCUGGGUCAGGCACGCGGGUUUCCAGAACGUCGUCCACCGGAGAUUCAAGGUUCCGAUAGGGCCCUGGCCUAGAGACCCGCACUUCAAGGACGUGGGGAUGCUCAACUUGGUGCAGCUCCUCGAGGGGCUGGAAGGGUUUAGUUUAAAGGUGUUUUGCGGGUUCCUGGGGCAGAGUGAGGGUUGGCUGAGGGAGUUGCUGGGGAAGGUAAGGGAGGAGAUGAAGAGUGCUGCGGUCCAUGCCAUGUUUGACCAUCAUAUAGUUUACGCGCAGAAACCAGGACUUGCAUGA